AUAGUAAAGGUCACUUCCCAGGGUGUGAUCAAGGUAUAGAAAAAUUCUGUGUACUGCAGCAGCUAUAAUAACCCCUGCACUGUCUGCCCUGCGGCAAACUCAGUUUUCUUCUGACCUGAGUGUUCAUUAGUAGAAUUCAUCACAUAAUAGUCAUGAAUUCACCUAUGCGAUUAAUUGCACAAUUUUAUAAGAAAAAGAGAAUUGACUAUUAUUAUUAUUUCCCAUUCAGCUUUUAGACCUGAGUGAAGAAUUCAUGAAUAUUUGUAAAUUCAUACACAGCUGCUGAAAUUUUAAGGCCAGCUUUAGGCUCUGAUCCUGCACUGGUGCAGAUCCCAGCACUUAUUUGGAGUUCAAUGAGUCGCUGCACAGAUGCAGAAAUCUAUGUAUGGAAAAACUAUCUUCUUAUCAGACACUGUGAGGCAUACCACCAGGGUUCCAAGGUCUUUAGAAUGACUAGGAUGAGUAGGGAAAGAUAGGAUCCAAAGUGCAAGGGAAGGAUUUCUCCUGUGAGGAGGCUAAAAUGUAGUAGUCAGUGGCUGUAUCGCAUUUCCAGUGGAUUUUCCCCUGGACACAGAGGAUUAUAAAUGUGUUUUCCCCCAAUACUGAGCAUGAACCUCCCAUUUCUUUCUCCUCAGCAUGACUCCCAGGACCCAUGGAGAGUCCAAGGGAAGAGGGAUGCGGCUCCUGCAGAGGUGGCUGAUGUCUCCUUUCCAUGUGUCAGAGGAGGCAAUCCACACAUAGAUCAAAAGGGCAUGAUCUGCCCAUGUGUUACUAUAACACCAUAGUGCCCCCUCACAUCAGGGAUGCCUCUGCAGUGCCCUGCCCCUGUUUUCCCCUUCUUCAGGGCUUGGGGUCUGGUUUCUUUACUGACACAAAAUCCCAAAAAGUAACCAACAACAACAACAAAAUCCUCCACCCAACCUUGCUGGGCACAAUUCCUCCUCCCUUAGGUACCGUCCCUUCCUGCUGUCUGGGCAGGUAGAGAAGGUGCAAGGCCUGGCCUGCCUUCUUUGCCUUCUCCCAAUGGACAAUAAAACUUUCAGCUCGGUAUUCUUUUCCAGCCCCAGUUCCCUUUUUCAGGGACCACUGCAGGAGCCCCUCUCUCCCUUCAGUUUCACUCUGCAGUUCCCCUUCUAGCUCUGUCCUCACUGAACUCCUUCUGACCCACGUGCAGUCCGGCCCCCUUAACUGGCUCAACUGGGAGCAUUUCUCUAGCAUAGGGGAACCGAACCUAUUUCAACCACAGGGGGACAGCCACUCUGUGACAGCUGUCAUCGUCUGUUUAAUCAAACACCCCAUUUAGAGACAGGGCCUGAUCCCACACCAACUGUCAUCAAUGGAAAAUCUUCCAUUGACUUCAAUGGACAUUGGAUCAAGUCCAUAGGACAUGGCCCUUGAUGGCUCAUUACAAUCCCAUCAAUUUGAGUGCUUCUUUGGGUCUGUAUAAGGAUGGGUUUAUUGGACUGGCUGUUGAAUUUUCUAUAAGGGAAAUACCAUACAUAAACAGACAACACUAGCUGCUGUCAUUUUCCACCAAAGAAUGUCCAUUUGCAUUCAUACUCAGAAACAAGAGGGGCCUGGAAGAUUUGAGUAUAUGAUGGUUGACAGUUUUAUGUGAGGUCAGGAUGAUAAAUAGCAUUGAAGAGUGGUGCCUACACCAAACAAAAUAAAAAUUCUUUGAACAGCAACAUAACUUUCCACUCAACGUAUUAUUUUUAAUUAUUAUAGUUAGAGUUUUUCAAUAACUGGACACCACACACAAUGAAUUUUUGCAUAGGUGACACAUUAAGCAAGGCUAAACGAAAAUUCAAAUUGGCAAAAUAUGAAUGCAAUUCAAGAAAUUCUAGAAGUGAAGAUGAGUGAGAAUUUCAGAGAUCCAUCAGGAUGAUCACAUAUCUUGAUAUGUGUAUCACCAACCUAUCUUCAGUCAGCUUACUCUCCAGACAACUCUAGGAAAAAGCGUUAAUUGUUACCGGCUAGAGCAGCACAGGAAUUCGAUUGAUGCGCAUAAGAGAUUGGUAACAAUAGCUCCUCACAUGUUUGUGCGUUGCGAGGUGACAGCUUGUUUCCUUGGCAACGGUGAUUAUGGCGUUCCAUCCAAGACUCUGAACAGGGCUACAACUUUUCAAAGGAUGCAGAACACAGCCCCAUUGGGGGGAAGAUGGGAAGAAAAUAUUUCACUGUAGACGAAUAGCUUUAUGCAAGUCGUGAGAAGUUUAUGCAACAGCAAGACAUGUCCAAAAGCUCCUCAGGUCUGAAUACAAGCAGCCAUAGAUUCUGUAAAUCCUAUUCCUCUCACUGUUCUGCUCUAAGUGAUACAGAUACUACUUUGCCAGUUUUAUCAAGACACAGAGGAAUACUCCAGCAGAGCGCUGACUCAGGGAUAUCUUCACCACUUCCCUCAGAUUCCUUCAAGUAUCUCACUUGGCAUGAGUUAAAAGAACAUGAUGUUCGCGGAAAUCAGAUUCGUUGCCCCCGGGUAAGAGAAGGGCCUUCAGAAGAAGAGCUAUUUUUCAGAGGAGAAGAAGAUGCCUUGCAAGCAAGAAAACAAGUAACAGAAAAAGAGAAAUGGCAACAGAGGCUGCAAGAAAACUGGGAAAACUGUGCAAAUUUGAACCUUUCAUUUCAGGACUUGGGAGACCUUUACCAGCUAGAAAACUUUAACAGGAUUCUCCGGAGAUUAAUUCGAGUGGAAAGGCUUUGGUUGGUGGACAACUCUUUGACAGACCUAAGUGCCAUAAGGUUGCCAAGAUGCAAAGAAUUAAAUGUCAGUAAAAAUCAUUUUACAUCCUUCAAACAGCUGCCAAAGAUACCUCAGAUUCGUCAGUUGUCACUGGCUGAUAACAACAUUGAGACACUAAGUGGGAUAUCAGACUUGAGAUCUACUCCACUAGAAUCCCUUAUACUCAAGAGGAACCCCUGUGAGUUCAAAGAAAACUACAGGCAGCUAGUGUUCUCCAAUUUGCCAAACUUGAGAAUGCUGGAUGGGGUCCCAAAGCUGCCAGAGGAUUGUCCACCUCCAGAGAUCAGUUUUCUUUCAAAAAUGUGCACCAUACUGUAGCACUGUAUUUUGUAUCAUAAAGGAGCUAAUGGAAUUGCCAUACUUAACAGAACUAAUAAAUCCAGUACAUACA